AUGGGCAUCAAAAGACCAAUAAAAAUUUCCGAUAAAUUUAAUCCCGAAAAUUUACAGAACUCUUUUUCUGUCGGUAAUCAUGAGAUUCCUAUUAUUUCCGUAGGUCCUUAUGGAGCUUUUCAUGACUACGGUUCCUUUGCAGAAUGUUUUUGUAACCAAUGUAGCGGUCGUCGUGUUUCGCUUUACACUUGUAAGAGCGAAGGUUGUAAAAUUAAAUGUCCACCUCAUACUAGAAAAUGUUCUGAAUGUGGCAAUCACAAUUACUUGGCUAGGCGCAGAAUUAAUCGAAAAUAUUACGAUAGUCGGAAAUCCCGUUUAAAUUCUGAAAAUUCUAUUUCUUCAAUAAAUAAAUCAUCUGAUUCCAUCAAUGAUAUGGGUUUGCCAGAAAUUUGGAACAAUGCUUGGUCGGAAUUUCCUGAACUUCA